AUGACCGGCCCCGAUCCACUACCCGACCAACAUCCUCCUCCCAGUUCUAUCACCGAACACCACGUCUCUGGCGGCGGACAAGCCCAACAGCUGCCUCCCCUCCGAGAGCAACCACUGCAGCAUCAGCUUCCAUUCCAACCCCUUUUCACCCUUGUCACCGACAGCACAACCCACGCCACGCAUCAUCCGCAAGUACACUAUGUCUUCUCCGACGAUGACCCUGAAAUCCUCACUGAGGCCCUCGCGCGGCACGGUCACCAAUCUUCCCCCGACGCAUCUUCCAAUAGGGCUGCGCUGCCUCAGGCCCCCCCCAAUGAGCGUGCUAUAGUACUGGACCUCGUGCCAAAGUCCGCCGACAACAGCCACUCCACAUCAUCGACCAUGGGCUACGACGUCGCUUGGGCGUCAUCUUUGUCGUCCAACUGGGCUGUUGUCACCGCCAAAACCAGCGCCAUGACGGAGGAGAACAACAACAACGCCACCAGCCUGGAUGACGAGACCGGGGCCGGGCAGCGCCUGGUACUCCGCAUCGAAGGUGUCGGCGACAAUGCUGUUCCAGCCACAUCCACAACAUCGCAAAUACCCGGCACACGUGCGAGAGGCCCCUCUCUCCACGAGCGAGAUCUGCGCAUGUCGGCCUCCUCGCCUUCGGUGGCCGCUCAGGACAAGGCCCGGGAGGACUACGGAGCCAUUGUCGACGAGUUCGACAAGAGGAUGGGCAUCCUGCGGAAGGUGGUGGACGCCGGGCUCGAGAGGCAACAGAGUGCGCCGGGACCUCGUGCCCCUGACGACGAGUUGCCUGCUGGUGCGCUACCACCGAAUUAUGGGCAGGAACAGUGA